AUGGCGUCAGUGGCCGUGUGGCAUGCAACAACGCUAGUAAUGAUGCUCUGGGGGAGUUCGGCGGUGAAUAUCCGGUUGCGGAUCUCCCAGCUCCCAGAGAUAGCUUGCCAAAAAGUUGGACCCGCCCCAUCGGACCUCCAACUUACUCUCCGCCACCUCCUCACGCAUUUUCUCGUACUUGAUCGCGUGGUCCGGGUCGUCAAGGUCCAGCUGCCUAAAAAACGUGUUAGAGUACAAGGCCCGUUUACCCACGUUUCCUACACGUGUGCGCUGGGCAAUGGUAGUGUCAAAGAUCUAAUACAGCGAAAAGGGAAAGAUGAUGCCGUACAUAAGGAGGAUUUGGCUCUUUCCGUCCGUCACCUUUGCAAACGGCUGCCCCCACCAACCAGGGUUGAUGGCGAUGGGGUAAAAUGCAGGGGCGUUGCCGUAGCUGUGUUGCCCCGGCACACGCGCGACAUCAUAGAGUUUCGCUGCGACUGCAUCGCCGAGGCUCCUCUGCGGUGUAAACUACUUGCACGACUCCUACAACCUCACACUCGCCGUAAUAAAACAAAACAAUGCUCUAAGCCAGACAGAGCAAACAUGGGGGGGGGGGGGGGGGGUAGAAAUAAUGUUUAA